AUGCUUCUCUCCAAGGCUCUUCUGGUGUUUAGCUGCAUACCAUUUUUGGAGGCAUUGGUAACACCGCCUGUACGGGGGAAAGGACCUCCAGAAUUAUAUAAUACUCCCUCUAGCAAUAUUACCAGCACCGGCAAUCAGACAGUAUGGCAGCGGCAGCAGCAGAAAGUGGAGGAGAAGGAGGAGAAGGAGGAGAACCAAAUAAACUCAACCGUCAUCACACCCUCCCACGAAUCCCCUAAACCACUACCACCAGAUGACGAUACCUCACUAGGAUUCAGUACCAGAGCAAUCAGCAGCAGAAUAUUCUACGGCUGGAUAAGAUUUUGUCCAGAAAUGGAAUAUGUAAUUAACCAAAUGGACCCAGACUCCAACGUCUAUCCUCGAUUGGGGCCGGCCUCAUACAACAGGCGCCCAGACCCAAGAGUACGACCCGGUCCUACAUUCACACGCAUGCAACGCCAAAGAAGCCUCUGCGCCUAUUGCGACUGCACCGAGCAAGGAGAUCUAGUCACAACUCCGAGAAUCCCUCCUACCACCACCGCCCAUUGUUCGGUCGAUUAUAUCCUCCAACGAUGUAAACUCUGGUAUAAUUGUGUCUGUCAGAUUAUUAUGCGCGACCCAAAGUAUGACCCGGAUACCACCAUUGAGGAAUAUCAGGAUGCUUUGAAUCGGGUACCCUUUUGGGCGAAGGCUCAGAAUCCGGCGUGGAGGUGGACGCCGAGGAAUGCGGGUGGUUUUAGUAUGACUUGGGAAGGCCUUGGGACGGAGUCUACCGUCCCUUGGUUGAUAGAGGAAACUGAGCGGGAAUUGGUCCCCGGAACGAAGGAACCGUAUUAUUUGGAGGGACCGGAUCAGAGGGACCCGAACCAAAAGGACUUGAGUUGGUUGAGGGGCCCGCUUUCGGGGUAUGGAGGUUUAAGGUCUGGAAAUUAUAAAAAGCGAUCUAUUACGGGAGAAGAAGUAAAAGAAGGAGGUAAACAGACAUCUUCAACAGAACAGGAUUGA